AGACAAGAUGUUGGGUGGAAAAAUGACCAGUUUUGGAAAGAAGCUGGUCCGCCGGCGCAUGGUGGACCUGAGCUCUGAGGAUACACAUUUUGCUCGGUGCCUCUCCACACUGGACCUUGUAUUCCUGGGUGUGGGUAGCACCCUAGGGGCUGGUGUGUAUGUGCUAGCUGGAGAGGUAGCCAAGGAGAUGGCUGGUCCCUCCAUCAUUGUCUGCUUCUUGCUGGCUGCUUUCUCAUCUGUACUGGCUGGACUCUGCUAUGCAGAGUUUGGAGCCCGUGUUCCCAAGGCUGGCUCUGCAUACCUCUACAGCUACGUUACCGUUGGCGAGAUCUGGGCUUUUAUAGCCGGGUGGAACCUCAUUCUCUCCUAUGUCAUAGGUACGGCCAGUGUGGCACGAGCCUGGAGUGCAGCAUUUGACAGCAUCAUUGGCAACCACAUCUCCACCUUCUUUGCCAGCAAGAUCCCAAUGCACCUGCCAGGAGUGCUGGCCGAGCAUCCAGACUUCUUUGCUUUAAUCCUGAUUUUGCUGCUUACUGUACUGCUGGCUUUUGGUGUCAGUGAAUCUGCCCUCGUAAACAAAAUCUUCACGGCAGUGAACCUGCUCGUGCUGGGCUUUGUCAUCAUUGCUGGCUUCAUCAAGGGAGACAUCAAGAACUGGCAGCUUUCAGAGAAGGACUAUGUCAACCUUUCGCAGUCAGCCUCACCAGAUGACAUGAAAAAAGCUUUUGGUUCUGGUGGGUUUUUCCCCUUUGGACCGGAAGGGACCCUGACCGGUGCUGCCACCUGUUUCUAUGCCUUCGUCGGCUUUGACUGCAUUGCCACCACAGGGGAGGAAGCUAAGAACCCACAGCGCUCGAUUCCCAUUGGCAUCAUUGUGUCCCUCCUCAUCUGCUUUGUGGUUUAUUGCGGGGUCUCUGCGUCCCUGACUCUCAUGGUGCCCUACUUCCUCCUGAAUAAGAACAGCCCUCUGCCUGAGGCUUUCAAGGCUAUUGACUGGGAGCCUGCUCGCUACGCUGUUGCUGUUGGGUCACUGUGUGCCCUCUCCACCAGCUUGCUGGGCUCCAUGUUUCCCAUGCCCCGAGUGAUCUAUGCCAUGGCAGAGGAUGGGCUGCUCUUCAAGUUCCUCUCCCAGAUCCACCAUAGCAGAAAGACCCCUCUGACUGCCACCUUUGUCUCAGGGUUCUUUGCAGGCGUGUUUGCCCUCCUGCUUGACCUGAAGGACUUGGUGGACCUCAUGUCGAUUGGCACACUGCUGGCCUACUCCCUGGUGGCAUUGUGUGUGCUCAUCCUCCGGUACCAGCCCAGGCAGCCGAACUCCCCGAGGACCAUGGAAAUGCUGGAGCUGAAUGGGAAUGAGGAGGAUAGAGUGAUCAUGGACCCAACCAUCAUUGCUGCCAGUGCCCAGCACAAAGAGACAUUGUCGCUGGCGAUGCUCUUCAACCCGCCUGGGGACACCCCCACUGUGCUCUCGGGGCGCAUUGUUUAUGCCUGUGUCGCAGUCAUUGCUGCACUGAUCACAGUCAUCUGCGUGGUCAUGACCCUCAAUAUGGCUGCGCUGAAGGAAGCCAGUGUGGGCUCUGUUGUGGCUGUGGUGCUGCUCCUCGUGGCUCUGCUCAUUCUCACCGUCAUCAUUUGGAGGCAGCCGCAGAGCAAUGCACGGUUAAACUUCAAAGUACCUUUCCUCCCACUCUUGCCAAUCUUCAGCACCUUCGUUAACAUCCUGCUGAUGGUCCAGCUGAGUGUGGGCACCUGGGCGCGCUUUGCCGUCUGCAUGGUUGUGGGUUUUAUUAUUUACUUCACCUAUGGGAUUCGGAACAGCGUGGAAGGGAAAAAUGCAGAAAAAGCCUGUGCCACAGUAGAAAAACCUCUGUACCAUCCUGGACAGGACCUCAGCCCUGGGGCUGCUGCGGUCUGAGGGCCUGGGGACUAGUGCUCCAUGGACCUCUUUGCCACUUUGGGACAAGACCAUGAUCCAGAGAGUACAUCCGUCCCCUCUCCUGCAGAGAAUGAGUCCCAGAGUGAAGUUCUGAGGCUGUGAGCCAAAGCUGAUCUAGGAUGAAUGUUCCAACCAAAUGUUGUAUGUUUCCACCCAUUAACGAAGUAUUGUUAUAUGUGUUUAUUUAUUGGCAAAACAUGUUCAUCUUUCUAUAUCUAGAAACAGGAUAUGGCCACAUCUGGCCUCAUUAGGGGGUGUAGGUUCAAAGACAGCUCCCUUGGAUUCUCCUUGAGCCCUGGCCAGACUUUAGGAGAAAGCUGGCAGGAAAAUGAAAUUAGAGAUUAUGUCAACUUUUUUGUUUAGCCAUGU